ACUAUCGCUGCAGCAAUUUCCAUAUGUCAUUUCUAUUAUGCAGCAAUGCCAAAGAUCUCCAUGUAUGGAACUCGCCAGGCUAUGUAUAAAUAUUCCCCACAUCCUUUUCUCCAAGAUAUUUUUUUUCGCACAUGGUCUCCCCUUAUCCCAGGCUCGUCCACCAGUUUAUGGACGACAACUUUCUCCAGGAGUACGGCCGUGAAUCGUGCACCAAGCUGCCGCUGAUUCCCGUGCUGUCGUCCUCAUUCCACACCCCGCUGGCGUCGUUGCGAGCCGUGGAUUACUUUUCGGCAGAGCUUUCCGAGGACCAGUACUUCCGGUGCUGGAUCUCCAUCACAAACAACCGGUUUAUGAAACCGUACGAACUGUCCAACUUCCACAGUGUGCGCGCCGCCAAGCCAGACUCGCUCGUCGAGGACCUCCAGGUGUUUCUGCCGUGCACAUCGUCUGCACGCCUCGAGAACGCCUGCUGGCGAGCAUGGCAGAAAUCCAGAAACAGACUGCCGGAGCUGGACCCGGCAGAAAUCAACUGGCACAAGGAAAACGACAUCACCGCGCUCUACGGCCCGGUUCUCGAGUGCUCUUUAAGGCCGCACCUUGCCGAGCCGUCCGGCGACGAGCUCUCCGACGACGAGCUCUUCAGUUGCAGCAGUGGUUCCUCGCUCACGUCCGUGUCCUCGCUUCCCACGCGCGGCCGACAGCGCAUCUGCAAACGCCCCAAGAGAGUCUCUUUCUGCGACCAGAUCGCGCGCAGAGACAUUGUCGGCGACGCCGUUUUCGACUGCACAUACGCAAUGGACACUCAAUGACGGGAUGUAUGUAGUAUUAGCAUGAGUUGAUGAAUCACAAUCUAUAGCUCCUCCAGAUGUAGCUGGAUCGUGUUGCGCACAACGUUGGCCAGCUUGUCUGCCGCAGGCUCCUGCUGUUGGCGGAGAUGCCGUCGGAACAGGAACCGUGCCGACUUCAGCGCGAUCCCGCAGAGCUCUUUGCACUCGUCCUUACUGAGCCGCGACUGCAGCCCCAGACGGCGCAUCUCGCGUGCGGCCAGCCGCUCCACGGUCCGGUUGAAUUUUUCCCCCACGUUGUGCUCGCGCGGCGCCCGCAUGAGACGCGGCACCUGCGGCUGCUGGCUGUUGCGUUUCUGCAAAUAAGUGUCCAAGACGCUAUUUUCCCGUCGCAGACGCGGCGAUUCGAUAAUGGCGGCGCUGUCACUGGGCACCUCGCGAUCAAAUGCUGUUGCAGCAAGCCGCUCAGCGCGGCGCACAAACUCGUUGUCCAGAUCCAGCACGACGCCCUUGAUCUCCACGUGAUCCUCCUCGAGCCGUGGAUACAGCACGACGUACCGCUGGCUCUGGUCCGUUUCCAGCAAAAACCCGAUAAUCUCGCCGCGUUCAAAAUCGCAGUACACCAUGAUCUCCUGGAACACGGCCUCGGAGUCCUUAUUCGCCGUGCACACGCUGAAAACGCCCGUCUUGCUAGCCCCGACAAGCCAAACCGGCAGCCGGUGCACCUCGACAAGGUCGACAGCCACGAGCCGGCGAAAUUGCGGGAGCUCAACCGCGUCGUCGACGUGGAACUCCAGGCCGUCCAGCGGCGCGCGCAUGCCGUCGACCUCGCUGCUGACGUCGUAGCAGCCGCCUAGCUUCAUCCCAUGAACGAAAUAAGAAAAUAUUAUUUCCACACCCCUGCACGGUCGAAGUUAUCGUCCACACG